GUUCCUGGUGGCGCUGCCGGCUCCCAGGCCUCGGAGGUGGGCAAAGAAGAAGCCGUGCCGACGGGUGACGAUGAGCCGGGGCUGGUCAGCUCGUUUCUACCCGCCGAUCACCUGGCCUACACAGUGCACCACCAGAAGCAGUCUUCUCAACCGGCCAGCUUCGGGCCACCCCAUGGCUUGAGCAACAUUGUGCAUUUCAGGUGGGCCUACCUUCUAGUCACUUGGUAG